AUGGAGUCCUUGCCAAACAACGAGAUGAUGGAGACAAUGCAGCCAACAUUUUCUCCAAACUUCAAAGAGGAAGUGAGUUUUACUGUUAGCUCAGAUUUUGAUAAAGGACUUAAUGAGGUUUUUAUAAAUCAGUCAUGUGAGCAAAUAACUAUUUGCAGUGAUCCAAUUGCUAAGAAGUUUCUUAGCAUCAUCGUCCACAAUGAGCAAGAAACUUAUGAAGUCUAUUAUGCCUAUGCACAUAAUGUACGAUUUAGUGUUCGAAAGGACCACAACAGUUAUUGGCCGAAUUCUAAGAAAAGGAAGUCUAAAGAUUUCCUUUGCACAAAAUCUGGUCACAAGAAGGAGUCUAACCUUAUGAAUGCAGGAAAGUACAAAAAAGCAGACACAAGGACUAGCUGUCAAGCCAUGGUUUGCUAUGCAGUUGAUCUAGAAGGCAACUGGACAUUACAGAAAUUCUUUUAA